AUGGCCACAGCGAACAACGCCAACCGCCAAGACAGCAACCCCAACACCCCCGCCGCCAUGGUGGCGCCGGGAAAGCAAGCUGUCCCCGCCGCCAAGACCGUCGACACCCAGUCUGUUCUGAAAAGUAUAGUUUUCGAUUUUUCCUAUGAAAAUCCACAGAUGGGUGGAGAUUCUGGAAUCUCGGCUUUCCCUGAAGAGGACAACAUAUUCUGUUGGAAAGGAACCAUCCAUGGCAGUAAAGAUACCGUCUUUGAAGGAACUGAAUACAAACUCUCUCUUUCAUUCCCAUCAGACUAUCCUUUUAAGCCUCCAAAGGUUAAGUUUGAGACAGCUUGCUUCCACCCGAACGUUGAUGUUUACGGGAAUAUAUGCCUGGACAUAUUGCAGGAUAAAUGGUCAUCUGCUUAUGAUGUGAGGACAAUGUUGCUAUCUAUUCAGAGUUUGCUAGGAGAGCCGAAUAUCGAUUCACCACUCAACACACAGGCAGCAUCACUUUGGAGCAAUCAAGAAGAGUACAGGAAGAUGGUGGAGAAAUUAUACAAGCCGAGUUCUUAG